CCUCGCGCCCUUGUCGCGCCCUCACGCUCGUCCCUAAUCCUCAUGUCGUCGCCAGCCCAGAGCCCUCUUCCGCUUGAUUUGCCGUCUGAAGAGUACGCCAUGUCUCUGGACAGUGAUUCUGAGGGUUUUGUGAGUCGCGAUAACAUGGAUGUUGAGGUUCAAGACCGUUGUCUUUCCGUUUCAGACGCCGAGCCGCCUGAGGAGGAGUCCAUGUCUGAGGAGGAUUCCAUGUCUGAAGACAAUUAUACCGACUCGGAUGCCGACGAGAACAACCCGGCGUCUCGGCUGCAGCCUAGUCUCGGUGGGAUCCCUGUCACUGACACUCAGAACCCUUCGCCUGUUUACUAUUCAAACCCCCCGAGCUCCGACAUGUGCAGUUCGAAUGCUUCGAGCCCUGCGUCCAGCAAGCUCGAACUCUCGGACCUCAAGCCCGAACUCUUGAACCUCGAGGCUGAACUCUCGGACGUCGAGGCUGUUCCCGAGCCGCUGCUGAAGCGUCUCUUUGGGCACCUCCUCGACGAUCCUCGCUGGCCUAACAUCUGUGGGGUUGACAAGGUAAGUGUGCAAGACUACGGGUAUUGCCGGUCGCUAAGUAUUGCGUAGACCGUUGAAGCUAGUUUAAACGAUUGGAUCGCUCUCUAUCUCCACAUUCAAUCCGAUCCGUACCCAUACAAGCUUUUCAGGUGAGUAUGGCACAUCAGCCAGGGCACAGAUGCUAACAUA